UAGACACGCGCUCAGGUGCUCCAGCUUCACGAGCUGUUUGCUCUGCUGGGGGUUGGAUGAUGUUCUGUUGCUGCUGCUUCGUCCUCAUUCUGCUCUUCACUUGGUCCUCGGCUCACAAUGACUUCUUCACCUCCAUCGGCCAGAUGACGGACCUGCUGUUCAUGGAGAAGGACCUGGUCUCCUCCCUGAAGGACUACAUCAGAGCUGAGGAGCACAAACUGGAGCAGAUCAAGAAGUGGGCUGACAGACUGGAUGUUCUCUCCUCUGCUGCCACUCAGGACCCUGAAGGUUUCCUCGGACAUCCAGUAAACGCCUUCAAACUGAUAAAGAGACUGAACACGGAGUGGAGGGAGCUGGAGAGGCUGGUGCUAAGAAACAUGUCUGGCGCGUUCAUCUCCAACCUGACCAUCCAGAGGAAGAACUUUCCCAACGACGACGACCAGACCGGAGCAGCUAAAGCUAUGAUGAGGCUUCAGGACACCUACCAGCUGGACACCAACAUCAUCUCCACUGGAGAGCUGCCAGGCUCGUCAUCGGUCGCCUCCCUGACGGUGGACGACUGCUACGAUCUGGGGAAGGUGGCAUAUUCGGAGGCUGAUUACUACCACACCGAGCUGUGGAUGGUCCAGACCCUGAAGCAGCUGGAUCAGGGAGAGACGUCCAACCUUGUGGACGCCAUCACUGUCCUGGACUACCUGAUUGACUCCGCCUACCAGCAGGGAGAGCUGGAGAGGGAGCUGAACUUCACCAAGAGACUACUGGAGCUCGACCCAACGGACCAGCAAGUCAACUGGGAAAUGAAGGACAUUGAGUACGAGCUGUUCAAUCAGAAGAAGGUCGAGGCGACGGAGGAGGCUGAGGGGAGGCAGAGGAGGAAGAGUCGAGGUCGACCUGAUGAUGACCUGUUUCACAUGAGGAAGUACGAGCAGCUGUGUCGAGGAGAAGGCAUCCGGAUGACUCCCCGCAGGCAGAGCCGCCUCUUCUGCCGUUACUAUAACAACAACCGCCACCCAAGGUAUGUGAUUGGUCCGGUGAGGCAGGAAGACGAGUGGGACCACCCCCGCAUCGUCCGCUACCACAACAUCGUGUCAGACAAAGAGAUGGAGAAGGUCAAAGAGCUGGCCAAACCCAGGCUGCAUCGAUCCGAGGUCGUCGGUGAGGAGACAGUCCACUUCCGCAUCAGUCAGAGUGCCUUUCUCAGAGCGUACGAAGAUCCAGUGGUGGAUAAAAUCAACCAGAGGAUCGAAGACAUCACAGGCCUGGACAUCACCACAGCCGAUGACCUGCAGGUUGCUAACUACGGCAUCGGAGGCCAGUACGAACCUCAUUUGGACUUUAGACAGAAAGACGAGCCGGAGGAGUUCGAGGAGUUGGGAUCAGGGAACCGGAUCGCCACCUGGCUGCUUUACAUGAGCGACGUGCCAGCAGGGGGCGCCACCGUCUUCACUGAAGUCGGAGCCGCCGUCCAGCCUAUAAAGGGGACGGCAGUGUUCUGGUACAAUCUGUUUCCCAGUGGAGAAGGAGACUAUCGGACCGAACAUGCUGCCUGUCCGGUUCUGGUCGGGAGUAAGUGGGUUUCCAACAAAUGGAUCCGUGAACGAGGGCAGGAGUUCAGGCGACACUGUGGUCUCCAGGAGACCGACUGACCACCGACCCGCCUUCAUCUUCCUCCGAGCUGCUGAGUGUGACUGCACAUCUCCUCCA